AUGAUUGAUGAUGAUUUGUUAGAUAUUUUAAAUUAUUUUGAAAUUGACCAAAGGAUGGGUUUUCUACUUCCAAAUCCAUUAACAAAACUUCCGGAAGAAUUUAAUUUAUGGCAUCAAAUUACCGAUGAAAUUCAAGAAUUAAUAGAAAAAAAUAUGUUGGAAGAACGUUUACAACAACUUCCAUUGCUAACAACGCAUAAGCUUAGCACAAAUAAUGAAUUACGCUUGGCUCAUCUUCUAUUAGUAACAUUAGCAGCUGGCCAUGUUUGGCAAGAUGGACCUGAUAAGGCUCGAUUAACAAUUCCAGCAAAUAUUUCAGUGCCUUUAUUUGAUGUAUGUAAACGUUUAGACUUAAAGCCAAUUGUCUGCCAUGCAUCAGUUUGCUUAGCUAAUUGGAAGCCAAUAAAAGAGACAACAAUUUUUAAUGCAUCAGUAAUUGAUAUUAUCACAUUUCGUUUCACUCAACAUCCUGCUAAUCGAUGGUUCUUUACACUUACUGCUCAGAUAGAAGCUGAAUUGGCUGAAGCAAUAUGUGCAAUUGCAAGUGCAUGCUUGCAUGGCAAAAUUGAGCAAUCAACAAUGCAGCAUAUUUGUAAUGCAGUGACAAAGGUGACAAGCACUAUUCAGCGUAUGGAAGAAUACGUUCCACCAAAUAUUUUCUACAAUAAUUUGCGUUAUUUUCUAUCUGGUUAUACUCAAAAUGCAUUAGCAGAACAGGGUGGUAUUAUAUUUGAGGGAAAAGAAAAUUUGGGACCACAACCACUUCAUGGAGGUUCAGCAGCACAAAGUUCAACAUUUCAUGUUAUUGAUGCAUUUCUUGGAAUUAAGCAUGCAGAUGAUGUAGAAGCAUUUUUAGCACAACAUCGUGAAUAUAUGCCACCAAAACAUCGUCAAUUUAUUGGAUGGGUUCGAGAAAAUGCUGCUAAAAUUUCAAAUCUACGAAAUGCAUUUGGUUAUCAGCAAGCACUCUGUGCUGUAAAGAAAUUUCGAGAAGUACAUAUAAGUGUGGUAACAAAAUUUAUCAUUUUACCAGCAAAAGGAAAUUCGAAAAUAGGCACUGGUGGUUCAUCAUUUAUGCAUUUAUUACAUAAUAUUGCAAAUGAUUGUAAUUUAUGA